AUGUGGCUUCUCAACACGGCCGACUACUCGCUGACAAGCGUCUUGUAUCCAGAACGCUAUGCAAUACUAUCGCACACAUGGGGCGACGGCGAGGUCACCUUUGACGACAUCAAGAACCUCGACAGUGCCUCCAGGAAGGCCGGGUGGGAUAAGAUCGCGCAGACCUGUCGUUUAGCGGCAGCUCAGGGGUUCGAAUACGCAUGGGUCGACACGUGCUGUAUCGACAAGAGCAGCAGCGCCGAGCUCUCCGAGGCCAUCAACUCCAUGUUCAAAUGGUACAGGAACGCUACCGUGUGCUACGCCUACCUCUCCGACCUCGAUCCAACGCCCAUCGGCCUGGACGGCGCCGAGUCAACGCCCAUGGGCCUGGACGACGCCGAGUCCCCCAAGCCCGGAGAAAAAAGGCUCGAGCGCGACUUGCCCCAGUGCGCUUGGUUCACGAGGGGCUGGACCCUGCAGGAGCUCAUCGGCCCACGAAACCUCGAGUUUUACGACUGUGGCUGGACAAUGAGAGGCACCAAAGUCUCGCUGGGCAAGCUUCUCUCUGCCAUAACCACAAUCCCCAUAUGGAUCCUGCUUAAUCAGGCACCACUCCACAGAUGCUGCGUCGGGAGGAGGAUGAGUUGGGCUGCGAACCGAAAGACGACGCGGAUUGAAGAUCUGGCAUAUUGUCUUCUGGGCCUGUUCGACGUGAACAUGCCUAUGAUCUAUGGCGAGGGCGAGAACGCGUUCCGGCGCCUGCAAGAGGCCGUCGCCAUGGCCACCAACGACAUGUCGCUCUUCGCGUGGUCCGACCCAAGUCUGCACUCGACUGUGUCCUUCCAUGGCAUCUUUGCCACGUCUCCUGCCCUGUUCGCCCAAUGCGAGGGCCUGGUGAACAGCUUCUCCCCAUCUCACUACGACCUCCGUGCCUUCUCCAUCACCAACAGAGGGGUCAAGUUU